GUCUUUCCCAUAACGCCCUUUGGCGUUCUUAGCUUUGUAACCUGGUCGUCUUGUCUAUGUUCUCGAGCACAAGAUGGGAAAAACGAAGGAAAAUAGUGAUUCCAAACGUAAAAGAAAACGGGUUGCAGUCGAAUCAAGUAGCGAUGAUGACGAGAGUGAACAAGACUUAGAGGAGGAACUGAAGUCACUCGCCAAGCGCUCUAGACAAGCGCAAGAUAAUUCCAAGCCGCAGCGAUCAGGAGAUUCAGACAGCGACUUGGACUCUUCAGAGGGAAGUGAUGAUGAGUGGACUAUGGAUUCUGAAAAUAGCAAAGGCAAAGCUGCCAAAGCUAAGGAAAAGAAAAAAGGUCCUAAGAAGGCUUCAUCAUCUGGUUCUUCAUCAGAAGAAAGUGGUGAAACGUCAUCUGGUGAGUCCUCAUCAUCAUCAUCAUCCUCGGAAGAUGAAGAAGAUGAACAGUAUCACGAUGGCUGGGAUGAUAACUUGAUGGGGGAUGAAGCAGACAGGGAAAGACUUGAAAAAAUGACAGAAAAAGAGAGAGAACAAGAAAUAUUCAACCGUGUUGAGAAAAGAGAAGCUCUGAAAACUAGAUUUGAAAUUGAAAGGAAACUACGGCUUGCUAAGAGAAAAGAAAAGAAAAAGAAGCGUGAAAAAGAAAAAGCAAAUCUUGAGAAAGAGGGUAUAGCUUUGAGGAAAAAGGAACGAAAAAGGCAUAUUGAGGAGAAGAAGGCCAAGGCACUGGACGAUUUAAAAGCCAAAAGAUCAGAAAAGAAGGAGAGAAAAGUUGCAGAAUCAUUGGCAGAACAGAAAGAGCCACAGUUGAAAGCCAGCGAUGUAUUUACAGAUGAUGAGGAUGAGGAUGAACAAGAGGAAAGUAAAUCAAGUUCAGGGGAAGGAUCAUUCCGAGAAUCUGAAGAAGAACAAGGUGAUGAGGAGCCUCAAAGAGUAGCAUCAGUGGAUGAUCUGGAAAGAAUAAGAGUAUCACGGCACAAGCUUGAAAGAUGGGUACACAUGCCAUUCUUUGGCAAGAUAGUAGCUGGAUGUUAUGUCCGUGUUGGUAUUGGAAGUCAUGAUGCACGGCCUGUUUAUAGGGUUGCUGAGAUAAGAGAUGUGGUGGAAACAGCCAAAGUGUACUCUUUAGGAACAACAAAAACCAAUAAGGGAUUAAAGUUGAAACAUGGCAAUCAGGAAAGAGUGUUUCGACUGGAAUUUGUAUCCAAUCAGAGAUUUACAGAAACAGAAUUUAUUAGAUGGAAAGAAGAGUGUGAAUCUCAUGGCAUUCCUCUACCUACACUUGAUGAAGUGGACAAUAAGGCCACACAAUUUAAUGACGCGCGGCAUUACAUGUACAACGAGGAUGAUGUCGACAAGAUUGUAGCAGAGAAGCAGAAGUUUAGAAAAACACCAUUUAAUUACGCUCAGAAGAAGAAUCAUUUAAUGCGAUCAAAGGAAGUAGCAGAACAAACCGGAAAUUUGGAAGAAGCAGAAAAAAUUCGCGGUGAGCUGGAGGAUUUGGAAGAGAAAGCUCAGCAUCUGGACAAAGUGCGAUCAAAGAACCUAAGUGCUAUCAGUUACAUCAAUGAGCGGAACAGAAAGAGGAAUAUUGUUGAGGCAGAGAAAGCCGCGGCAGAAGAAAUGAUGAACGAGGAGCAAAAAGCUGAUCCAUUUACAAGACGAAAAACGCUUCCUCAGCUUGUGUCUAUGGUGAAGAACGCCCCAAGUCCUGUAACGAGAACUCUCACGGAAAACGAAGAAAAUAUUGAGGUAGCACCGUCAUCUUCAAGUUCACAAGUCACCAUCACUGACGGAGCUUCCUCCUCAAGUCAACCAACGGAAACAGCUGUCUCUGAUAUAGAUAGACUGUUGCAACUACCAGAGGCCGCAGCUGGAGCCCAGGUCCUUGAAAGAAAACCUUCGCAGUCAGAAGAUCUAUUUUCCGCUCACAACUUUGACAUCACUAUCAACCUCGACAUCCCCGCACCUGGGACAGAAUCACGUCCAGCUGUAGCAACUCCAAGACCUGCAAAUAACGAGAGGGACGGGGCACCAAGACGAUCACUAAACCUUGAAGACUACAAGAAACGAAGGGGACUGAUUUGAAUUACGUGAAAGUUGGACUGGACUUGGGUCGAAAACGCUGCGUCGACUCGAGUUAGAUCACGUAAAAGGAGACAAAACUUUGUGUAUAUUCAUGUUUCGUAGAACAAAGCAAACAUUCUCUGUGUUUUUCUUGCUCCUUAGCUUUUAUGCAUGUUUUGAACUGAGAGGCGAAGUUACAAUUUUAAGAGUUUGUCCGGGAGUGCGUUCUGUUUGAUCAAGGGAGUAGGCCGCCCACUACAGUAACAGAACACCCAAAUGUUUUGUUGUUAGCUGGGCAACGGUAAGGAAUUCUCGUAGCCUAACAGUUACUAGCCUUCGUAGCUUGGUGGUGUAAGCAAUUUGAACGCGCUAACAAAGCGGCAAAGCACUUCAAUUAAGCUACGCAGGUUAAACAGUUACAGUAUUUUCUUAUCACUGUCGGAAAACCAAGAAAGCUUUUGAUCAAUUACAGCGAACGCAGAUAACGCAAUUGACCAAUCAGGACUCAAGGAAAGCAGCCCGUGCAAAGCGCGGGAAAACGCGCGUGAAGGAAGUCACGUUGACAUUGGUUCUGUUCCAGAUUGGUCCAGUACGUUACACGAUAAUUCUUUUUAACUAUUUACAGAACAAGCACGUGAUUACGUCAAAAGAAAACCAGUAAUUGGAAACCGCACUUAAAAGCGAUAUGACCCUGAAUGUGAUCCUGUGGAUUUACUUAAGAUUUAGUCGAAGUACUGCUUUUAAUCUUGCCCAGGGGUGCACCUUUUUACCUUUUUAGACAUUUAUAGUCAUAUUUGCCUAAAAUCUGAGCCUGAUGCAGCCCCUGCAAGCCGCGAAAUAUUGGUGUGUUGUCUGACAGACUGGAGUAGAUUUAAACAAGCUACUGACGACUUUUGAUCAGAGUUCCAAAUUUGACCGCGAAAGUUCACUGAAACUGUACGAAAAAAAAUAUGUCGAAAAGCGUUCUUUCAUUAUUGCUAUUCAUGAGUAACUUAUGUAAUUAAGUUGCCUGAGGGCCACUUUGUAAUAGGAAAAGAAUGUUUCUUGAUUCCUUGUCGUGGCCCGGCAUCUACGAGAUUUACGCGCACAAAAUCACCAGGGCUACCACGUGUUUUCCCGCCAAAAUAUUUUGGUUCACCAUAUUGAGUAGCCUUUGACUGUUCCAAACCUACGAACCCGUAGAUUUAAGUUAAACUCGCACUAGAAUCCAAAGCUCUUCAUUGAUCCAAAAAACUGAACCUUCUUUUACUCAUCUUAAUACCUAGAUAAUCCAAGAGCACUUUGUUUUCGCGAGUAACGACUAAAACAAACCCGUCAUUCGCUCCCGAUUUGCCAUUGAACCCCAAACCCACUGGGUUAGCCUCGAGAGUGAUCAAAAUCUUAUUUCAUACCAUAUCACUACAUCGUCAAUGAGACAGGUGCUGAGAAUAACGAAAAUCGUCAACUUAGCGAAAUUGGUUUGAUGUAUUUCCAAAUUCUCUGAACUAGCAUUUAAGAAUGUACCGCAAAACAUGAGAUUUAGUAUGUUGAUGUUUGUGAACUUUCUGCCAAAUUUAUUAUUGUGUUGGCUGAUAAGCCUUGCCUUUCAGGGACAACUCUUGUAAAUAACAUCCAAUUACCUGUAAUUACGAUUCUGUGGUCUUCAAGUGUUUUUUGAGAGCUUUGUGUGUGUUUGUUACUUUUAGUCAUGUUCUCAGUGGUAUUAAAGGGACUUUUCUUUUCCCAUGUUGAACGACAUCAUUUCGCGUACUUGUUAAAACGAUCUUUUGCCAUUGUCAACUUCGUUUACUGAAAUAAUUGAAAAAAGGCAACUUUGUCAUAGCAGAGACACUGCGCCGGGUGUUUAAAAGGAAGCUUGGACAGUGUUUAGAAGUUAUCGCGAGAUCAGGUUCAAAACAAAACAUAUUCUUAACACAAUCAACCGGUCAUCUACGUUAUUUUAACUGGAAUAAUACAAAUUGUUAACUUCAAUUCCGCCAUGAGCUAGGUUUAACAAAAUGUUGGUUUAAUUUUCAUCCAGCGGUCAUGCCGGCAAAAAUGUAACGCUUCUUACGGUUUUGGUGAUCUAGCUGUUUGUAAUUGGAGUGUAACUCUGAUAAAGCGAAAAAAUACAAGACUUUCGUGAGAAAACGUUAGCAUUCGGCCGCUGGGAAUGCUGAACAUGUUGGCGGGAAAUAUGGUUGCCAAGCAACACGAUGUGCACUUGUAAUUAAUGUGAAAUCGUUGGGACUGCUGUGCUGUUUUCUGAAUAUGACCUUUUUCCAGAUUUGUGAAAAGCAACCAACAAUAUCCUGGAACGGUUUUCGGAUUACACAGCAUUUAGUCCAGAAGUUGUUUAGAUCACUUGUCUUAGGCAUAAACGCGGCCUGACGCGAGAUAUUGGCGGGAAUCGAGCCUUGACUGGUCUUAGUUCGUAGCUAACACGGUAGAUGUGUUCUUCGAAAUUCUCUUUCAUACAUACCCUUUCAUGCGUUACUACAUUGUAUUGCUUUCCAAUGAAACUCAUUUUAUGUAACGUUAUUGUAAAUUUUUUGUAAUAAAUUCUGCAACAGACA